GAAAGUCUUUGCAAAACCUAAGGUCGUGUUAGAGUUUGCGAAACAUGGCUGCGGCAUAUUUAUGUAGACUUAAUCCUUUUUCACUUAAUACCAAUUCAGUUUCAGCCUUAGCCUUCAGAUAUGGCAUGCACAGAAAGUUUUUCAGCAGUGGGACGAAAGCGCUGUGCCAGAGCAGCGCCCAUCCGCAGGCUGCGUUCUUCCCCCCUGCUGAAGGACCGAUGCUGCCCCCCGGUUCCUUCAAGAACAAAGUCGCCUUCAUCACGGGAGGGGGCACCGGGCUGGGCAAGGGCAUGGCGGCCACCCUCUCCGCCCUGGGUGCGGAGUGCGUUAUUGCGAGCAGAAAGUUGGAUGUCUUGAAGCAAACGGCUGAGGAAAUUACAAAACAGACAGGAAACAAGGUGCACGCUGUACAGUGCGAUGUGAGGGACCCAGUGUCUGUACAAGCUGCUGUCGCUGAGCUCGUCAAGGUCGCAGGCCUUCCUGAUGUGGUAAUAAAUAAUGCUGCAGGCAAUUUCAUCUCUCCGUCUGAGGGCCUGUCUCCCAACGCUUGGAGAACCAUAACGGAUAUCGUUCUGAAUGGCACUGCGUAUGUGACCCUCGAGCUGGGGAAACAGCUUAUAAAAGCAGAGAAAGGUGCAGCUUUCUUGGCAAUAACAACAAUCUAUGCAGAGAGUGGCUCGGGGUUUGUGGUCCCAAGUGCCUCAGCCAAGGCAGGAGUUGAAACCAUGUGCAAGUCACUUGCUGCAGAAUGGGGGAGAUACGGUAUGAGAUUUAAUGUGAUUCAGCCCGGGCCAAUAAAAACUAAGGGUGCUUUCAGCCGUUUAGACCCAGCUGGAAUGUUUGAGAAAGCAAUGCUGGAGAAGAUACCCACUGGUCGCUUGGGCACUCCAGGAGAAAUAGCCAACCUUGCUGCAUACCUAUGCAGUGACUAUGCCACCUGGGUGACUGGCGCGGUUAUUAGAAUGGAUGGUGGGGAAUAUGUCUCAAUGGCAGGUGAAUUUAAUGACUUGAAGAAGGUUACGAAGGAUCAGUGGGCCACGCUUGAAGCGAUGAUCAGAAAAACAAGGGGAUCAUAAAAUAUGAGCCUUUUAGUUGACAAGAAAAAAAUAAUAUUGGAAAUUUGACACUAGCCAAGGUUUGCAUGCAUUUGCACCAACAGCAUUGAUUUUGUAGUAUUUUAAAAAAAAUAAAUCCUGUUGCUUCUUCAAGGGCUCAUAUUGGUUUGAAGUAACCUUGAGAUCCAUUCUAUGUAUAAACAAUUGUAACUUUAUCUUAUCUGGAAAUGACUUUAGACUCCUGAUUGCUUUCAUUUUAGAGGCAUAAAAGCCAGAAAUGCAAUUUCUUGUCUAGAAGAUGCUUCACGUUCCUUUAAUGGAAAGCAGUUCCCAACAUUUGGGACCUUCUUAGAGUCAUUAUAUCCUCUAUAAUUCCAGAGUAUUUUUCUAACCAGCAAAAUGGAUGCGUAUUACAAGUUUAUAUAGAAUCCAAUAAUGUAGUUAAAGGGGGAAAAAGCACCACAAAGAAGUACUUCUCUAUAUAAAUAUUUGUCUCAGAAAUUAAUCAUCCAUAGUCUCUGUCAACAAGAUAUUCAAUAAAUUGCUUAAUGCUGAAAUUCCUGUCCAUUAAAUUGUGUUUUUCCAUAGUUUUCAAAAAUCAUAAAAGACCUUGCUUUUGUUUUUUUGGAAGAAAAAGCUUCAUAAUUUGCCAUAUAGAGCAGCUACAUGUAUCAAUAUGUUACAGUAUAAGUUGAUUUAAAAAAGCUGUUGUCACAGAUUAAUUUUAUUACAUUACAUUUUAUUACAAGUUAUUACAUCCUUAUAACAUUUUUAAUUAGGACUUUGAUUCCACAGUGUUCUGUAAUAUGGUUAAUUGUAAUUGAUGUUCAUGAAUGGAGACACAGUAUAGGUUUAAUAAAAUUUAUAUUAUUAUUAUCCAGUGAAGAUGAAUUUGCCAUUAACAUUUUUACUCUAGGUUAAUUUAAUUCUUUAAUUCUUCACUUAAGUGGAUCUGGUAAGCCAUAAUGAAUAUAAUUAUUUUGAUUCAGAGUUUUUUACAGUCCGUCAGUUGGUUCGAAUCUGCAAAAAGAUUGUGCUUUUUUUAAAAGCCAGUCACACACAUUGGCUUUGUAGCCCAGAGCAGGUUUUUUUUUAUUUUUUUUAUGGUGACUGAAAGAGUAGUUUCUGUGCUGUGUUGCAGUUUGUAAGGUUUUAUAAGCAGGCUUAAAUGGUCAAUGAGCAGGGAUCUGAGAGGGUUGUCAAGUCUUCCUAAUUAAACAAUGUCUUUAUCUACAGUAUAAGCGUUUCAACCACUUUAGCCAUUAACAGCUGGAAUGAAGCAAGAAAACAACAGCUUUACAGAGCCAGGGUUAUCAAUACCCGUGCUAAUUCAAAGUACCUGUUUUUGUUUGAUAGUCUUCAACAAUAGCAGUUUUAGAGAAGCCUGUUCAUUCUUUUUCUUUUAUUUGGUCAUGAGAAACAAGAGAAGGUCAUUUGGCUGCUAAUCGCUGGUUGAUGUGAGGAUCUUAUCCAGCUGCUCCCUAAAAGAAGCUGGGGUAUUAGCUUUGACAACACGGCUGGGGACUUGUUCCAGCAAUGUAAAAGAUCUUUCUCAGUUUGUAUGGUCACUUUUAUUGUACUUGUAAAUUGUGUGAGGUCUGCGUCAUUUAUGGACUUUAAUCUUAACAUUUAGCUAAAUGAUCAUAUCGUUUUCAGGUGAUGUUCAAUGCAAUGAAUGCUGGACGGUUUUCGACUGCAGUUCUAGCAGUAUUGCAGUUCUGUCAAUCAAAGCAAUGUUUUCGAUUUGCCUGUAUAGCUCAUAAAUGAUUGUUUUAUAGCUUUUACUUUAAUAAACUAUUGUUCUAUGGUU